AUGCGUCUGACCAGCAUCCUAACCGCGACACUCUCUGCCAUUGGGCUGGGUAUUGGGCUGAGAAUUUUCUUCGCAGACAACCCCACGCCAACAUAUAUUGGCUUCGAUCGCAUGCUCUCCAUGCCUUCAUAUGAAAGGUACACCGCCACCAGGUUUAUCAUAGAACAGGUUGAGGAGAUCAAAAUUCUUGCCGACCUUGGCCGCUUGGCCGAGCUGAAGUAUGGCAAUGCGGCCGUCGACAUUUUAGGUUGCCUCGAGGAUUUAUCCACGGAUAAGGAUGUGAAGGCGUCAAUUUCAGUUGUCAAGCCGCAUUACAGCUGGAUGGAAGUGGAAGGGUUUGCUGCAUUCGACGGCUUGAGAACUCUCCGAGAAUCGAUUCUCAGAGAUCCGUCCGACUGCACUUUGACUACCGGAGGAUACUUUAAUCGUUUAUCGGCUGUGUUACGCCGUCCUCAGAUUUCGAGAGAGCAGCUUGUCGGACGAAUUCAGAACAUCACCAUGCACUUGCAUACUCUUGAUGCGCUACAAAAGAGGUUCGGCAUAUAUGAUAAGGGUAUGCAUGAGCUUAAAUGCACAGUUUGCCAGGUGUACGGUCCUGAAAUUGCCUCGAAAAUCGAAAUCUUAUCAUAUAACGAGGGCCAGCCGCCGGUAGGAGCUACGGGGCUUUUACACCGCGCAAUGAGAGGAUUGUUCCGGCUUGAAUCACUGUGUCUCGAACUCAAAAGAUCCCAGACCCUGCGCAAUGAAGUGGUGAAUGUCACAGGUGACAAGGUCAAGUCUAUCACUGAAAGUUUGGAGACGAUUGAAAGUCUGGAGCGGGAGGUGAAGUACGCAAGCAAGAUUGAUUCAAGGGCAUCUCGAAAACUUGACAAACAACUACUUGAAGUUCUGGAAAAGGAAAUUGAGUACUUUGGAAUUUUCUUUACCAAUUUCUAG